GCGAAUACUGCGAUAUUCACAUCAACUCAUCCCCCUCCUACUGAUCUUGUCCAGCAUGUGUCGCUGGUUUGCAUAUAUCUCCCCAUCCGAGCCAUGUCUGCUCGAAGACGUCCUGAUCACACCCAAACACUCCCUGGUGAAGCAAGUUUCGGACCACUACUUACCCAAACUCCUGCCUCACGACGCCGAAGGCAAUGAUGACUCCUCGAACGACAUCAAAGCGCGAAACUUGGUCUUCAACUUUGACGGUCUAGGAGUCGCCUGGUACACGUCCUCCAAAGCAGACUUCGAGCUCGCACGGCCGAGCAAGACCGCAGAUGUAGCAGCAAAAGAGGUUCGUCUCCAUGACUCCUCGCACGAACCCUACGUCUGGAUUGAUGAGGCUCACGAAUGUGAGAAGACACUCCGUCCAGCAUUGUACAAGACGAUCCAGCCUCCCCGCAAUGACUCGAAUUUCCUGAGUAUUUGUGCCAAUACCGAGACAAGAUGUCUUUUUGGGCAUAUCCGUGCGAGCUCAGGCACUGCGAUUGCAUAUGUGAAUAAUCAUCCUUUUGUGUUUGGUCGACAUACUUUUAUGCAUAAUGGAGCUGCAAGUGACUUCCAGGAGAUCAAGAGGGAUGUUGUGAAUGAGAUGAGCCCAGCUGCAUAUGCCAACGUGUUUGGCGGGACGGAUUCUGAACAUAUUGCUGGUCUAUACAUGACUUACCUCACAAACGGAGGCGAUGCUUCUUCAUUCGAAAAGACAUACUCCAUCCACGAAAUGAGCGAGGCACUUCACAAAGCCGUGGCAACAAUCAUAACUCUUCAGCAGAAGCGUCGCGGUGACAAGAAGCGACCAAACUCACUGAAUCUCUGCGCUACGGACGGCGUCAAGCUUGUUGCUUAUCGAUUCCGAAACCACCGAACAUCUCAGCCACCAUCUUUAUACUAUUCAACCAGUGCCGGAGUUACAUUGAACCGAAAAUAUCCCGACAAUGCCGAUGGAGUGCAGCACCCCAAACGCGAGAUCGGCAUUCCGGAAGAGAAACACGGCGAGCAUUUGAUUGUCGCUAGCGAACCCAGCACUUACAAAGAAGCAGAUUGGGAGUUGAUUCCAAGGAACUCAUUUGUGGCAGCCGGACCAGAUGGGGUGUUUGAAGUGAAGGAAUGUCCUUACGUUGAUGAUUGGAACGCAGAGGACCCGCCGUCCAAGUAGAAGAUCAAAGAUCAGGCUUUCAAAUCCCUCCGUAUCUAUGGAACAUUCUAAUCGUC